GAGGACAUGGGAACAGAGAAUGUAACACUGCUGACACAAUUUGUUCUCACAGGACUCACUCAUCUGCCACAAUGGAGAGUUCCCCUGUUCCUGCUGUUCUUAGUGAUCUAUCUCAUCACCAUCGUGGGAAAUCUUGGUCUGAUAGCUCUCAUCUGGAAUGACCCUGGCCUUCAUAUCCCCAUGUACCUAUUUCUAGGGAGUUUAGCCUUUGUGGAUGCUUGGUUAUCAUCCACAGUGACACCAAAGAUGCUACUAGACUUUUUUGCCAAGAGUAAACUGAUCUCUCUCUCAGAAUGUAUGAUACAGUUUUUUUCAUUUGGAAUCAGUGCAACUACGGAAUGUUUUCUCUUGGCAGCAAUGGCCUAUGACCGCUACACAGCCAUAUGCAAACCUUUACUCUACCCAGUGAUCAUGACAAAUAAACUCUGUGUACGUCUGCAAAUAUUGUCCUUUGUGGGUGGAUUUAUUCAUGUUUUGCUUCAUGAAGGCUUUUUAUUCAGAUUAACCUUCUGUAAUUCCAACAUAAUACACCACUUUUACUGUGAUGUUAUGCCUCUGUUAAAAAUUUCCUGUACUGACCCUUCUCUCAAUUACCUAAUGCUUUUUAUUUUCUCUGGCUCAAUACAGGUAUUUAGUAUUUUGACCAUUCUCAUCUCUUAUACACUUGUUCUGAUUUCAAUCUUAAAGCAGAAAUCUAUCAAAGGCAUUAAGAAAGCCUUCUCCACCUGCGGAGCCCACCUCUUGUCUGUGUCUUUAUACUAUGGCUCUCUUCUUUUCAUGUAUGUGCGUCCUGCAUCUCCACAGGUAGAUGACGUUGACAUGAUGGACUCUGUAUUUUAUACUGUCAUAAUUCCUGUACUGAAUCCAGUUAUCUACAGUUUGAGAAAUAAGCAAGUAAAAAAUUCACUGGUGAAAUUCUUAAGGAGAAAUGCUUAG